AUGAACAUGUCAGUACCAAAGUAUCCAGUAGUAGUUAUAGGCUCGGGCUUAGCAGGGUUAAGCACUUGCAACCAAUUAGUUUCAAAGUAUAACAUUCCAGUGAUUUUAAUUGACAAAGCAGAAAAGAUAGGUGGGAAUUCAAUUAAAGCUAGUAGUGGUAUAAAUGGUACACCAUCUAAAACACAAGAGCUGCUAGGGAUCCAAGGCGAUUCUCCAAACUUAUUUUUUAAUGAUACUGUGCAUUCCGCUAAAGGGUUGGGAUGUCCUAAUUUAAUGGACAAAUUGACUGCAGAUAGCAGCAAUGCCAUUAGCUGGUUGCAAAACGAAUUCAAAUUAAAGUUGGAUUUAUUAUCUCAGUUGGGCGGGCAUUCUAAGCCAAGAACACACAGGUCUUCUGGCAAAUUACCACCAGGGUUUGAAAUUGUGAAUGCGUUAUCCAAAAAAUUGGAACAAUACAACAAUGAGAUGGUAGAAAUAAAAAUGAAGAGUAAAGUGAUUGACAUUGAAUAUGCAACUAACAAAAUUACAGGUGUUAAAUACUCAGAUUCAGAGGGUUCUGUCAAGACUAUUAAAACAAACCAUGUUGUAUUUUGUAGUGGUGGGUUUGGGUAUAGUAAAGAAAUGUUGAAAAAAUAUACACCAGAAUUGGUUAAAUUGCCAACCACCAACUCUGAUGGGACUACUGGUGAUGGCCAGACCAUCUUGGAGAAGUUAGGCGCUAAGAUGAUUGAUAUGAAUCAAGUCCAGGUUCAUCCUACUGGGUUUAUUGAUCCAACUGAUAGAGAGAGCAAUUGGAAGUUUUUAGCUGCAGAGGCUUUGAGAGGAUUAGGUGGGAUUUUAUUAAAUCCUAAAACUGGUUUGAGAUUUACUAAUGAGUUGAAAACUAGGGAUGAAGUCACAAAAGAUAUCCAAGAACAGCUUGAUGACGGUAUUUCGUAUUUGGUAAUGAGCGAAAAGGUUUAUGAAAAUUAUACAAACAAUAUGAAUUUUUAUCUUUUCAAAAAAUUAAUUAAGAAAACUACUAUUGAUGAAUUUGUUUCAAACCAGAACCCAGAGUUAAAAGAAAAUAUUAUUAGAACUUUAUCCGAAUACUCUGAUUUAACCAAACCUGAUGUAUUUGGUCGUUCUGUGAGAAUCAAUACUUUUGAUAACAGAGUUGAUGGUUCUACUGUAAUUUAUGUUGGAGAAGUUACGCCAGUAGUUCACUUUACGAUGGGUGGCGCUGAAAUUAAUGAAAAAUCGCAAGUUUUAUCUUCAAAAACCGGCGAUGUUUUAUUACAAGGACUAUAUGCAGCCGGUGAAGUGUCUGGGGGUGUUCACGGUGCUAAUAGAUUGGGUGGUUCUAGUUUGUUGGAAUGUGUUGUUUUUGGUAGACAGGCUGCUAAUUCGAUUGCGUUAGAGUAUCCUAAGACCUUUUUAUAG